AUGUCCGAGGGAGCUGAAAAGGCAGCGGUGGUGCAAACCACCGAGAAGCAGCAGGAGCUUCCAGGACACGCCGGCGCCAAAGCCGACGACGCCACUUCCGCCGCCGCCGCACGCGAGGAACCCGUCCGGCAGGCGUGGUAUCAGUGGUUCUCACCGACGGACACGCCCGAGGAGCGGCGGCUAAUUGUCAAGCUGGACCUGCUGAUCCUGGUGUUCGUCUUCCUCGCGUACUGGGCCAAGGUCCUUGACCAGUCGGCGAUGAGCGCCGCGUACGUGAGCGGCAUGCGCGAGGACCUGCACCUCUUCGGCAACGAGCUCAACUACCUCAACGCGGCGUACCUGGUCGGCCUGGUGGUGCCGCAGGUGCCGCUGACGCUGCUGAUGACGCGCGCGCGCUCCGUCGGCUGGGUGCUGCCCGCGGCGGACGUCGCGUGGGCGGCGCUGACGCUCGCGCAGUUCCGCGUGCGCUCCGUCGGCCCGCUGUACGCGCUGCGCUUCCUCGUCGGCGCCGCCGGCAGCCUCUUCUUCCCGGCGGUGCAGUGGUACCUCGGGUGCUGGUACACGCGCGCCGAGCUCGGCCGCCGCGGCGCGCUCUUCUUCGUCGCCAGCCAGGUCGGCGCCAUGAGCGCCGGGUACGUGCAGGCCGGCGCGCACGCGACGCUGCACAUGCGCGCCGGACUCGAGGGCUGGCGCUGGCUGUACGUGGUGUGCUUCGCGGCGACGCUGCCCGUCGCCGCGCUCGGCUUCCUCUGCCUGCCCGGUCUGCCAGAGCGCCCGCGGUCGCUGUUCCUGACGCCGCGCGAGGCCGAGCUCGCGCGGGCGCGCAUGUGCAAGGAGCGCAGACAGGCCCGCCGGCCGCUGACCCGGGCCGUCUUCAGGAAGACGCUCACCGGGUGGCGCUUCUGGGCGCUCGUCGGCUUCGCCUUCUUCUUCUCCCAGGCCGACGGCGUCUCCGCUAAUAGCGGGCUGCCGCUGUGGCUCAAGGCGAGCGGCUAUAGCGUCGAGGAGAUCAACACCAUCACGACGGUGUCACCCGCCGUCACCAUCACGUCCGCGCUCGUUUGCGGCGUGCUCUCGGACGCCUACGCCGACGCCAAGGUGCCGCUCAUCGCGGCGACGGCGCUGCUCAACAUCCUUGCGAGCGCGGUGCUCGCCGUCUGGCAUGUGCCGACGGGGCUCAAGUUCUUCGCCUUCUUCCUGGCCGGGUCGGCCAACGGCAUCGCGCCGGUCGUCUACGCGUGGGCCAACGAGAUUUGCGCUGACGACGCGGAGGAGCGCGCCAUCGUGCUCAGCAGUAUGAACACGCUCGGCAAUGCUUUCGGUGCGUGGCUGCCGCUGUUUGUGUGGAGGACGACGGAUGCGCCGCGGUACCUGAUCGGAUAUACGUGGACGAUUGGCUUGGACGUGGGCAUGCUGGUCAUGGUGUUUGUGCUGCGGUCGUUUUGGAAUCGCGAAAAGGCGAGAUAG